AUGCACCUCAGGUCAAUCCACUUUGACCUCCUGACCCUCCUGGGUGUGCUCCUGCUGUGGGGACCUCAGGGGUCCAGGGGCCAGAAUGACACAGAGCCCAUCAUCCUCGAGGGGAAAUGUUUGGUGGUGUGCGAUUCCACUCCUUCAUCAGAGCCCGCUGGUAACGCCCUGGGCAUGUCUGUCCGCUCGGGCUCCGGGCGCGUGGCCUUCUCAGCCAGUCGCCAGACCAACCACGAGCCCACGGACAUGAGCAACCGCACCAUGAUCAUCUACUUUGACAAUAUUUUAGUUAACGUGGGGACUCAUUUUGACCAAGAGAGUAGCGUAUUCCUGGCACCACGGAGAGGGGUGUACAGCUUCAACUUCCAUGUGGUAAAGGCCUAUAAUAGACAAACUAUUCAGGUGAGCCUGAUGGUGAAUGGCUGGCCAAUGAUUUCAGCUUUUGCAGGGGACCAGGACGUGACCAGAGAAGCAGCCACCAAUGCCGGCCUGGUGAUCAUGGAGAAGGGGGACAAGGCCUACCUCAGGCUGGAGAGGGGCAAUCUGAUGGGAGGAUGGAAGUACUCCACCUUCUCUGGGUUCCUGGUCUUCCCCUUGUGA